AUGAGUAUGGAUAACAAUGAUGACCAUGAAUCUAAAUUGUCAAUCUUGAUGGACAUGUUUCCAGCUAUUUCCAAAUCCAAAUUACAAGUACAUUUACUUGAAAACAAUAAUGAUUUGGAUUUAACGAUAGGCUUGCUGUUAAAAGAAAACGACGAUAAGUCUACAGUUGAUAAUGAAUUACAUCAACUGUACGACAUGUUUCCUCAGCUUGAUUGCAGCGUUAUAAAAGAUCAGUUUGUAAUAAAUGAGAAGUCCGUAGAAUCGACUAUUUCUGAUCUUCUGAAUUAUGAAACCCUGCAAAAACUUAAAGACAAUCAAGCAAAUUCUCCUGAUAGCGUAAAAAGGAACGAAAAGAAAAAUAAUUGGGAAUCAACAAACGAUCACAUAGAGAGUAUAAUAAAGUUUACCGACGCUCCCAAAAAUAUUGCGCAGGAAUACUUAGCCGAAAAUGGUUUUGAUACAGUAAAGGCGAUCAUCAAAAUCAUUUUGGAUUAUUACGACAAAAGGGAUUUUAAAAAAGAUGUGGAUACUUUCAAAGUAAAACGGAGUCCUAAUACGACUGUGAGAGGUGGUCGAGUUCAAUCAUCGACGGGGCUUGCCCACGUUUUGAAAAAGGGUAAAGAAUCCGCAAAUGUUGCUCAAGAGAGUCUCAAAAGGCCAAGGAGUUAUAAGCACUCCUUGGAUAGUCCGCAGAUGGUUGAGUUAAAUGAAUUAGUUGCAGAUAAUCGCGAUCUCAAAGCCAUAAACCAUGAAUUUUUGCAAAAAUGCCUGCAAUUUUAUGAUGGAGAUGUUGUAAAGGUGUUGAACAUAUCGUCCUUAUUGAUCGAAGAUGACAAGAAUAUUACGAAAACUUGGAACUUUGACGAAGGUUUUACCUUGACAUCCAGAGAUAAUUGUAAGCAACAUUUACCCAAAUUUUCAACACCGCAGAUUUCCCGCAGAAAUGAGGUAGGAAAUACUUAUAAAUUGCCCCUUCAUGACAAAGAAACCCCCGAGGGAGCUGUGCCGGUUAUAAAUAACCUGUUUCAAACAUACAGAUUGGAUUUCCAUGGUUUUCUUCCCAGUGAAGCGGUUUCAACACUGAAACUUGCAUUAAAUAAGUGGUGGUCCAAAGAGGUAGCAGAACGAGAGUUGAACUCCCACAACAUAAACUCAUAUGGCUCAAAAGUACAGUUUGUAAGCCCGUUAAUCGUGGUAACUGGUAGAGGUAUCCACAGCAUCGGCGGGAUCUCAAAGGUUCGACUGCAGGUUAAAAGUUUUCUUGAAAAAAAUCACUACAUAUUUUGGGAAGAAUCUUCCUACUUCAGAAUUGAGGGUAAGAAGAAGAAAUAA